UGCAUCUCCAAGCAGUGAGAAGAAAGAAGAGAGAAAUGAGACCUGAAAUAGUGAUAUUUGGAGACUCCAUCACUGAGGGGUCAUUCAAAUCAGGUGGUUGGGGUGCUUCUCUCGCCAACAAUUACUCUCGCAAGGCUGAUGUAGUGCUUCGUGGGUACAGUGGAUACAAUACUCGUUGGGCCUUGUUUCUCUUGCAUCGCCUUUUCCCUCUGGGCUCUACAACACCUCCUGUUGCUACCACAAUCUUUUUUGGAGCUAAUGAUGCAGCUCUUUCUGGGAGGACCAGUGAACGGCAACAUGUACCUACUGAAGAGUACAAGGAAAACCUCAAAAGAAUUGUUCAUCAUUUGAAGGUUCAAAAUUGAAUACUCUCCACUCCUGCCAUGCUUGUAGUGCUUAUAACUCCACCACCCAUUGAUGAGGAAGGAUGUUUUGAACAAGCACGAUCUUUAUAUGGCAAGAAAGCAAUGGAACUUCCAGAAAGGACAAAUGAAGUAACGGGAGUUUAUGCAAAGCAGUGUGUUGAGUUGGCCAAGGAACUAUGUCUCCCCUUCAUCAAUCUAUGGUCCAAGAUGCAGGAAACAGAGGGUUGGCAAAAGAAGUUCCUCAGCGAUGGGUUGCACCUGACACCGGAAGGCAAUGCAGUGGUGCACCAAGAAGUUGUAAGAGUUUUUAACGAAGCAGGGCUUUCUGCAACAGAAAUGCCAUAUGAUUUCCCUGAUCACUUGGAAAUCGACGGGAAGGCACCUGAAAAAGCGUUCCAGCAGCAAUGCUUAUGAUGUUUUAGUUUUUAUUGAAAUUUUACUUUUGUUUCUUUUUUGCACACGUCUUGAUUUCCACAACGGUAACGUCAUUUUUUUUUUUUUUUUUACCUCUAAAAGACUAUGAGGAACCUUUUUGGUGAUUCUGCAAUAGAUUUUUACUUUAUUUUUUGUUGUUUGAUUAAUAAUUGCUAUGCUGAUAUGUAUGGCUUUGCUGUGAAUCCCUUUUUCA